AAAGAAGAAAAACCUGAAAUCACACCUGUAUCUAAAGAAGAAAAACCUGAAGAAACACUUGCUCUUCCUGAAGAAGAAAAACCAGAAAUCACACCUGUAUCUAAAAAGGAAAAACCUGAACAAAAAGUUCCUGUUCCUGAAAAAGAAAAACCAGAAAUAACUCCUGUCCCCAAAGAAGAAAAACUUGAAGAAACAGUUACUUUUACUAAAGAAGAAAAACCACAAAUAAUUCCUACACCUAAAGAGAAGGAAAAACCAGAAAUGACACCAAUUCCUAAAGAGGAAGAACUUGAAGAAAGAGUUACUGUUACUAAAGAAGAAAAACCGCUGAUAAUUCCUACUCCUAAAGAGAAAGAAAAACCAGAAAUAACACCUAUUCCUAAAGAGGAAAAACAUGAAGAAAGAGUUGCUGUUCCUGCAGAAGAAAAACCAGAAAUAACACCUGUAUCUAAAGAAGAAAAACCUGAAGAAACACUUCCUGUUCCUGAAGUAGAAAAACCAGAAAUAACU